AUUGAGGAUGUUAAUAUAAACCCAUUUUUAACUCGCUCUCAACGCACACAAUUAGCCCUAAUUCUUUUCCCGCCAUUUGGAGCCCCAAUUUCAGCCAUUAACCCCCAUCUCCUCCCAAUCUGGCUGGCGCUUGUAAUUUUUCCAAUCAUUAUUCUCUCCACCUUCCCUCAUAAAGUCGGAUUUUUCUUCUCCUAUACUCGCCGGAUAAUGUCGUCUCUGAGCUGGCGCCACCACACCCUAAUACAGGCGCUGCUAUCUCGGGGCCCGCUCAAGGAAGACGAUUUCCGGUCUAUCUUCUCACAGCUUAACAAAAAAAGCUCAGGCUUCCAGCAGCAAUUGUUUAAUGAAUAUCUUCGGAAGAUAAAUGCAGAAUUAGGUUAUGUUCAGUUAGAACUAAGAGCAUGCCGAAACCAAUAUGAUGGCCGUGUGUAUUAUGGUGUUGUCAACAAUGUUUCAGAUGACCAAUCUAAGCUUGGAACAAAAUACACUGUUCCUCAGAUUGCUUUCUACAAAGGAAUUGUUGAGGCAAUUAUACAAGAUGCAGAAGCUACUGGUUGCAUUUCCAACACUGAUGCUUUAUAUAUACGUUUGGAAGCACAGAUUCAAGGGGCAACAGAUUCACAAUCACAGGGAGGUUCAUCCCAGAUCCCGCCCGCCUUUAAGAAUUUUUCAAUGUCGCAGAAGGAAAAAACUCUCGAACAAUUGCUGAAGGACAAAUGGCUAUCUUCAACACCAGAUGGGAAAAUUGGUAUAGGGGUUAGAUCCUUUUUGGAUCUACGAAGUUGGUUUCGGACUAAUGAGGUUCCUACAUGCGAGGUUUGCAAUGAGGCUGCUGUUAAGGCUCAACUUUGCGGGAAUGAUUCAUGUAAUGCCCGUCUUCAUCAGUAUUGCCUGGAAAAGAAAUUCUCUCAACAAAGGGCCAACAAAGUUUGCCCAACUUGCGGUGCACAGUGGCCUGGCUUUAUAGUGAAACCAGAAGGUGAGGAAACAUUGAACGAAUCAAAUGCCCACUCUCAAAACCCACAGCAUUCUGAGCGUUCCACAAAAAGAAGGCGCAGAAUGUUAAGAGAAGACCAUGCUGAUGUGGCAGAAUCUGAUCCGUCUCUAACUUUGGGUGCUACAAAGGGUAAGAAGAGAGUGACUCGAAGUUCUGCUCGGGUGAGUGGCAACUGAAAAAUGCAGAUAAUAGUCGGCAUAUUCUGCAAGUUUCUUCGUGCUAUAUUCUGGUGAGCCUGAAUCAAUCUAGAAGUACGUACUUAUCUGCUUUUUGGCUGUAAAUGAUUGUAGUAUAUGUCUAUCUAAAUGCUGGCUCUCUAGUUUUCAUCUUUUGCAAAUAUUUUUCAUUUUCUUGAAACAAGAUGGUGUUAUGCAAACAUUCAACAAAGUAUUAUGAAUUUGUACUUCUCUAGUUCCAUCGUUUUGGGCUGUAGGUCUGGUGGCCUCUUUUCGGCUGGUCGCGUUUUGGGUGGUGGCCUGUUUGUGUGUUGCGCUGGAGUUGCUGCCGAGUGGGGAGGGUGCUUCUUUUGUUAGUUUUUGUUGCUUUUUUGGCUAAAUGACAAAUCAAAGUUCAUAAAGACAUGAUUCAU